AUGCAAGUUCCUAUCAUUUUCGGAGACCAAUUAGUUUCUGAACCCUUUUUCACAUUGAAUCAUCAUCUUGACAUGAACAAUAUUGAAGGAUCUGGUAAUUUUCCUUUACCUUCAGAAGUUGGUGGCAAUAUAGAAGAAGGGCUUUGUAAUGGAGAUUAUGGGACAAUAUUGCUAGAGCCUAGCGGUAACAUUGAGGACAGUAGUGUCCCAAAUUUUGAUGAUCUAGUUAGUGUGAAAAGCCACUACAACAACUUCAAUAAUGCUUGCUUCAAAUACACUAAUGAUCAUCAUCAGAUAAUUCAGAGCUCAAGUAAGGAAGAGGAUCAAGAGGACAUGUUUGGGCUUGCAAAUAGUAAGAUCAUCAAUAAUCAUAGUAUUAUUAAUGAGCACUUAGGAGAAAACCUUAUUGUGGGAGAUCAUUGUGAUUUGGAAGGUCUGAUGCAAGACAUGUCUUCUUUUCCCUUCCAUGAUUUUUCCUAA